AUGUCGAACUCCUACGUCCGGCCUCCUCAUUAUCAGAGACAUCAUCAGUCCAUGCUCUUGAAUCUUUGCAGCAUACAUCCGCACUUCGAGACUGAUAAUUUCGACCGCGAGUACCAAAAAGAACUUGCUUCGUGCAUAUGGCGAAUUCCGGGUAAAUAUGGUGGUCCCGAGUAUAUUGUUCAACAACAAGUUGGUCAAUUGCCUCCCACUCUAGAAUCUGCUGAACAACCAGCACCUGCGAUAACUGCAGAUUUCUUUGAUAACAUCUUGGAGAGUUUGGGGACUCUAAGCCGCCCUGCGAAACCUGUCCAACCAAUCAGAGUUCAGGCUCCAGAGACGUCCAAAGCUGCCUACGAAAACACCUGGAUAUCUCAAGCCUCCAAAUACACCAGCUUCGGUCCCAAUACAAGUACCCCGAGAUUACCCCAAAGACUUCGUCUAUCCGAAAGCCCAUACACUUCAGCACAAGACUCUCAAGGCUUUGCCAACGCCCCAGUCAAUCCCGAAGGCCUAGGCAUUUCGCAAACUUCAAAUGAAUUUUCGGUAUCAACCACCGGACCCGACCCUCCGACUUCAACACCUUCAUCGCUCUUAGCUGCUCGGCUUGCUUUACCUGGUUUCCCCAACCCCAACCCCAACCCCAUCGCAACAUCCAACUCCGCACCUGCCGCACCAUCCUCAUCGUUGGCACCUCUUCCUCCUCUCCUACUCCCCGAUUCAGUUGUCAAAGAUCCCGACACUGGUGAACUAAUCACAAUAAAGAUGUUUGAGCGUCGUUGUCUUGGUCGUGGUGCUGAAAUUGCCAUCAGACAGGCACAAGCUGCCGUCAAGGCGACACCAAAUCGUAUGACCAAGCCUGUAGCCCGUUUAUUGUUAGAGGAUUCACUCACCACGGCAUUGGCCAAUAUUAUCCAAGAACAAAGCCAGCAGUUGAAGUGCAAAAUUCGGACCUAA